AUGACAAAUAACUACGAAGAAUCAUCGUCAUCAUCUGAAAUAAUAUGUUUAAAUUGUCAAUCAGAGGAGGCAACACUUUGGUGUAAAAAGUGUGACACUAGUUAUUGUUCGGAAUGUUUCGAAUUGGCUCAUUCACAGCCUAUUUGGAAAACACAUACAGCAAUACCCAUUGACGAUAAACCAGUUGUAUUGGUCUCAUGUCAUGAGCAUCCCGAUGAGAAACUUAAAUUUUGGUGUAACGAAUGCUCGAUAUUGGCUUGUCGCGAUUGUGUAAUAGUUAAUCAUCAAGGUCAUACAUGCACCAUCAUAAAUGAUAUAGCACAAGAAAAAGCAAACGAGCUAGAAGAUUCGUUUUCAAAAGAGCAAUUAUCUUUGAAUCGCGCCAUGAAAGAACUGGCAGAUGCAAGGGCUACGAAUGAAAAUGAUAGUAUAGAAAAUAUUACAAGAGUUUUCGACACCAUACGUAUGCUGAUCACCGACCGUGAGAAUGAACUGAAAGCACAUAUUAAUGCUAUUGAAAAACAAAAUAACGAUCUGGUUGAGAACUUGCAGUUACAACUGGAGAACAAACAAGAAGAACUGAACAAGCAGAGUCGAUACUUUGAACGUUUGUUCUCGACCAACAGUUAUAUGAAGCUGUUGCAAGCCAAUCCAAAAAUGAUGAAUUACUUAAAGACAACCACACAAGAAUUAAACAAACUGAAGAUGCCUAUCCAAACUGAGUACCGUAUCAAGGGAAUCGAUUAUUUGCAAGAAUCAGUAGUUAAGAUCCUUCAACAACUGUGCAUUGAUGAUUGGAAGCAAGCACCAUUACGUUCGAGUGCCAUCGUAAUUCUUUCGAACGCAAAAUGGAUACAAAACGGUCUUACUGUGGCUGGAGGAAAUGGUCAAGGCAAUCAAAUGAAUCAGCUUUCGAAUCCACGUGGUUUAUUUGUUGAUGUCGAUCAAAAUAUCUACAUAGCUGAUCAAGAAAAUCAUCGUAUUAUGGAAUGGAAACGGAAUGCGACAACUGGACGAGUGGUUGCUGGCGGAAAUGGGCCGGGAAAAGGAGCGCGUCAAUUAAAUAAUCCAUAUGAUGUGAUAAUCGACAAAAUAACAGAUAGUUUUAUCAUUUCUGAUUAUUCGAAUAAACGAGUAGUACGAUGGCCUCGCCGAAAUGGUGCUAGUGGUGAAACAAUUAUUACAAACAUCUGUUGUAUUGGUUUAACAAUAGACGACCGUGGGUCUCUCUACGUCGUCGACUACGGAAAACAUGCAGUGAGACGAUAUCGAAUGGAUGGCACUGAAGAAAUAGUAGUUGCAGGUGGCAAUGGGCAAGGAAAUGGCCUGGAUCAGCUAUCUGACCCUUGGUACGUAUAUGUCGAUCGCGACCAUUCAGUAUAUGUGUCUGAUUAUUCGAAUCAUCGUGUAAUGAAAUGGGAAGAAGGUGCGAAACAAGGCAUUAUCGUAGCUGGUGUUCAAAGUCAAGGAAGUGGUCUCACGCAAUUGUCAUAUCCUUAUGGCGUCGUUGUCGACCAAUCAGGCACUGUCUAUGUGGUUGACCAAGGGAAUAAUCGAAUUAUGGCUUGGAAAAAAGGAGCUACAGAGGGGAGUAUUGUUAUUGGUGGAAAUGGUAAAGGAGGUGCACCGAAUCAAUUUAGUUGUCCUUGGGGUUUAUCACUUGAUCGACAUGGUAAUUUCUAUGUUAUCGAUAAGUACAAUUAUCGCGUACAGAAAUUUAUUCUGAAUUCGAAUUCAUAG